CUGGUGACCUUUGAGGAGGUGGCCGUGCAUUUCUUGGAGGAGGAGUGGGCUCUGCUGGAUCCAGGCCAGAGGACUCUGCACAAAGAAGUCAUGGAGGAGAAUCGUGGGAUCUUGGCCUCUCUGGGUGAUCACAGGGAGAACAAGAAAAAUGGCCCACACCAGAGAAGGAAAAUUGAAACUGAAGAGAAGAGGGAAAACAAAUCUAUUUCUUUUGAAAGAUCAGACGUCUGUGAAACUCCAAUACUAGAAGCACCAAGUAAAAAGAACAUUCGCAAAGGGAAGGAACAGAGUAAAACUCAGAAGAUUCAUUCUAACAAAUAUCAAAGGUUUCAAUGCUUAGUGUGUGAAAAACAAUUCACUUUCAACUCACAACUUAACUUGCAUCAAAGAAUUCACACUGGGGAGAAGCCCUAUAAAUGCUUAGAAUGCGGGAAGAGCUUUGCUCGCAGCAUAAGCCAUAAACUGCAUCAAAGAAUUCACACUGGGGAGAAGCCCUAUAAAUGCUUUGAGUGUGGAAAGACCUUUGCUCUGAACAAACACCUUAAGCAGCAUCAGGUAAUUCACACUGGGGAGAAGCCCUAUAAAUGCUUAGAAUGCGGGAAGAGCUUUGCUCAGAGCACAGACCUUAAGCGGCAUCAAAGAAUUCACACUGGGGAGAAGCCCUAUAAAUGCUUUGAGUGCGGAAAGACCUUUGCUCUGAACAAACACCUUAAGCGGCAUCAAGGAAUUCACACUGGGGAGAAGCCCUAUAAAUGUUUAGAGUGCGGGAACACGUUUGCUCACAGCACAAACCUUAAGCUGCAUCAAAGAAUUCACAUUGGCGAGAAGCCCUAUAACUGCUUAGAGUGCGGGAAGACCUUUGCUCACAGCACACAGCUUAAGCUGCAUCAAAGAAUUCACACUGGGGAGAAGCCCUAUAAAUGCUUAGAGUGCGGGAAGACCUUUGCUCACAGCACACAGCUUAAGCUGCAUCAAAGAAUUCACACUGGGGAGAAGCCCUAUAAUUGCUUAGAAUGCGGGAAGACCUUUGCUCUGAGCUCACACCUUAAGCAGCAUCAAAGAAUUCACACUGGGGAGAAGCCCUAUAAAUGUUUAGAAUGCGGGAAGAGCUUUACUCAAACCGCGAGCUUUAAGCGGCAUCAAGGAAUUCACAGUGGGGAGAAGCCCUAUAAAUGCUUAGAAUGCAGGAAGAGCUUUGCUCAGAGCACAGACCUUAAGCGGCAUCAAAGAAUUCACACUAGGGAGAAGCCCUAUAAAUGCUUUGAGUGUGGGAAGACCUUUGCUCUGAACAAACACCUUAAGCAGCAUCAGGUAAUUCACACUGGGGAGAAGCCCUAUAAAUGCUUAGAAUGCGGGAAGAGCUUUGCUCAGAGCACAGACCUUAAGCGGCAUCAAAGAAUUCACACUGGGGAGAAGCCCUAUAAAUGCUUUGACUGUGGAAAGACCUUUGCUCUGAACAAACACCUUAAGCAGCAUCAGGUAAUUCACACUGGGGAGAAGCCCUAUAAAUGCUUAGAAUGCGGGAAGAGCUUUGCUCAGAGCACAGACCUUAAGCGGCAUCAAAGAAUUCACACUGGGGAGAAGCCCUAUAAAUGCUUUGAGUGUGGAAAGACCUUUGCUCUGAACAAACACCUUAAGCAGCAUCAGGUAAUUCACACUGGGGAGAAGCCCUAUAAAUGCUUAGAAUGCGGGAAGAGCUUUGCUCACAGCACAAGCCUUAAACUGCAUCAAGGAAUUCAUACUUGGGAGAAGCCCUAUAAAUGCUUAGAAUGCGGGAAGAGCUUUGUUCUGAGCACAAAACUUAAGUGGCAUCAGAGAAUUCACACUGGGGAGAAGCCCUAUAAAUGCUUAGAAUGCGGGAAGAGCUUUGCUCAGAGCACAGACCUUAAGCAGCAUCAAGGAAUUCACACUGGGGAGAAGCCCUAUAAAUGCUUUGAGUGCGGGAAGACCUUUGCUCUGAGCUCACACCUUAAGCAGCAUCAAAGAAUUCACACUGGGGGGAAGCCCUAUAAAUGUUUAGAAUGCGGGAAGAGCUUUACUCAAACCGCGAGCUUUAAGCGGCAUCAAGGAAUUCACAGUGGGGAGAAGCCCUAUAAAUGCUUAGAAUGCGGGAAGAGCUUUGUUCAGAGCUCAAACCUUAAGCGGCAUCAAAGAAUUCACACCGGGGAGAAGCCCUAUAAAUGCUUUGAGUGCGGGAAGACCUUUUCUUGGAGCACAUACCUUAAUAUACAUCAACGAAUUCACACUGGGGAGAAGCCCUAUAAAUGCUUUGAGUGUGGGAAGACCUUUGCUCAGAGCACACAGCUUAAGCAGCAUCAACGCAUUCACACCGGGGAGAAGCCCUAUAAAUGCGUAGAGUGUGGAAAGAGCUUUGCAUGCAGCUGGCAACUUAACUUGCAUCAAAGAAUUCACACUGGGGAGAAGCCCUAUAAAUGCUUAGAAUGCGGGAAGACCUUUGCUCAGAGCACAGACCUUAAGCGGCAUCAAAGAAUUCACACUGGGGAGAAGCCCUAUAAAUGCUUAGAAUGCGGGAAGAGCUUUGCUCACAGCACAAGCCUUAAACUGCAUCAAGGAAUUCAUACUUGGGAGAAGCCCUAUAAAUGCUUAGAAUGCGGGAAGAGCUUUGUUCUGAGCACAAAACUUAAGCGGCAUCAGAGAAUUCACACUGGGGAGAAGCCCUAUAAAUGCUUAGAAUGCGGGAAGAGCUUUGCUCUGAACAAACACCUUAAGCAGCAUCAAGGAAUUCACACUGGGGAGAAGCCCUAUAAAUGCUUAGAAUGCGGGAAGAGCUUUGCUCUGAACAAACACCUUAAGCUGCAUCAAAGAAUUCACAUUGGGGAGAAGCCCUAUAACUGCUUAGAGUGCAGGAAGACAUUUGCUCUGAGCUCACACCUUAAGCAGCAUCAAAGAAUUCACACUGGGGAGAAGCCCUAUAAUUGCUUAGAAUGCGGGAAGACCUUUGCUCUGAGCUCACACCUUAAGCAGCAUCAAAGAAUUCACACUGGGGAGAAGCCCUAUAAAUGUUUAGAAUGCGGGAAGAGCUUUACUCAAACCGCGAGCUUUAAGCGGCAUCAAGGAAUUCACAGUGGGGAGAAGCCCUAUAAAUGCUUUGAAUGCGGGAAGAGCUUUGCUCAGAGCACAGACCUUAAGCGGCAUCAAAGAAUUCACACUCGGGAGAAGCCCUAUAAAUGCUUUGAGUGUGGGAAGACCUUUGCUCUGAACAAACACCUUAAGCAGCAUCAGGUAAUUCACACUGGGGAGAAGCCCUAUAAAUGCUUAGAAUGCGGGAAGAGCUUUGCUCGGAGCACAGACCUUAAGCGGCAUCAAAGAAUUCACACUGGGGAGAAGCCCUAUAAAUGCUUUGAGUGUGGAAAGACCUUUGCUCUGAACAAACAACUUAAGCAGCAUCAGGUAAUUCACACUGGGGAGAAGCCCUAUAAAUGCUUAGAAUGCGGGAAGAGCUUUGCUCAGAGCACAGACCUUAAGCGGCAUCAAAGAAUUCACACUGGGGAGAAGCCCUAUAAAUGUUUGGAAUGCGGGAAGAGCUUUACUCAAACCGCGAGCUUUAAGCGGCAUCAAGGAAUUCACAGUGGGGAGAAGCCCUAUAAAUGCUUAGAAUGCGGGAAGAGCUUUGUUCGGAGCUCAAACCUUAAGCUGCAUCAAAGAAUUCACAGUGGGGAGAAGCCCUAUAAAUGUUUAGAAUGCAGGAAGAGCUUUACUCAAACCGCGAGCUUUAAGCGGCAUCAAGGAAUUCACAGUGGGGAGAAGCCCUAUAAAUGCUUAGAAUGCGGGAAGAGCUUUGUUCGGAGCUCAAACCUUAAGCGGCAUCAAAGAAUCCACACUGGGGAGAAGCCCUAUAAAUGCUUAGAAUGCGGGAAGAGCUUUGCUCAGAGCACAGACCUUAAGCAGCAUCAAGGAAUUCACACUGGGGAGAAGCCCUAUAAAUGCUUUGAGUGUGGAAAGACCUUUGCUCUGAACAAACACCUUAAGCAGCAUCAAGGAAUUCACACUGGGGAGAAGCCCUAUAAAUGCUUUGAGUGUGGGAAGACCUUUGCUCACAGCAGACAGCUUAAUCAGCAUCAAAGAAUUCACACCGGGGAGAAGCCCUAUAAAUGCUUUGAGUGCGGGAAGACCUUUUCUUGGAGCACAUACCUUAAUAUACAUCAACGAAUUCACACUGGGGAGAAGCCCUAUAAAUGCUUUGAGUGUGGGAAGACCUUUGCUCAGAGCGCACAGCUUAAGCAGCAUCAACGCAUUCACACUGGGGAGAAGCCCUAUAAAUGCGUAGAGUGUGGAAAGAGCUUUGUUUGCCUCAGAAACCUUAAGAGGCAUCAAAGAAUUCACACUGGGGAGAAGCCCAAUAAAUGCUUAGUGUAGCAUUUUUAGCAUCGUAGAAUGUUAGAGUUG